AGCGGGCUACGUUAUAGGUCGAGAGCUGAGGAUGCAGAGAGGCUAGAUCAUCCACCAGUCACUCGAGCCAAUUGAAGAAGAAAGGCACAUAGGAAUGCUGUUCAGGCCAGAUUAACUGUAGAGAGUCAAGGUGGAAUCACAUUGGAGUGAGGCUGGCGAAGCCAAGUGUGGCCGUGCACAACAUGUAUCAAGGGGGCGGGGAUGACGUCUCCAAGUGAAUCAGCCCGUCACGACUCCCCAAUUUGCUAUCGUGUUUCUUUCCUAGCAGUGGAUCUACCUAAUGGAGAAAGCUCUAUCGACCAUGGCCAACGAAAGCGCAUGAGCGCCCUGGUCUUAAGUUGUCUCGAGAAUCCAUGACCUUGAGUUUUCUAAACAAGAAAGCGUGUAUUCGUCGAUCUGUUUGGUCAUUUCAGUCAUUCCAUUGCCAGGGACCCUAUUGCGAGCGAGUCCCUUCUAAAUCUUCAUCAACUUGGCUUAAUCGGUUUCCACAUACAUCGACAAUGGGGGCGGAGCGACAGUCUUCAAUCAAGAAUGACGCCCAACCAGGGCCUGUUCCUCAAGGUCAGACACGCCAACGAGAAGAUAGGCCUUUGCGGCACCACUAAAUUCGCUUCAUAACAGCACCAUGGGCCACCGCCAGACCGUCACCACGAGAUCCUUCUCGGCGGCUCCCACAAGCAAUUGCUCAUCGCGGCGCAAAGCUUGAUUGGCCCGAAAACACCAUGGCCGCCUUCCGAGGUGCAGUCAAAGCUGGUGCUCAUGCGAUAGAAACCGAUAUUCAUAUCUCGGUCGAUGGUGUUGCUGUGAUAUCACAUGUAAGUUAGAGUAGUAGGUUCGCUCCCCACCAUGGCAUGCUCAUUGUCUCCAUCACGACUUGGCUUACUUGGCUUGGCUCGGCUCAGCUUACACUUGAGCAGGAUGCAUCCCUUAAACGCUGCUUUGGCAUUGACGCUCGCAUCGGAGAGUGCUCGUGGGAGUAUCUCAGCACUUUACGCACAGUAGCCGAGCCUCAUGAACCUAUGCCGCGGCUCAAAGACUUUCUUCAAUGGUUGGCUCAGCCGAAAAUGCAAGACAUUUGGGUGGUUUUAGAUAUCAAGCUAGAUGAUGACCCGGCAGAAUUGAUGGCUGCAAUUGCGAGGGAUCUAGACGGCGUCCAGGGACCUGUGCCAUGGGAUCAACGUAUUAUUCUGGGAUGCUGGAAUGUAAGCUGCAUUGCCUAAGCUGACACCCUUAGCACAGUUUCUACACUUCCACAUGGACGCUUUGAUGAUAUUGCUGCUGACAUGAUUGAACAGGCAUCAUUCCUGCAGGCUGCGCGUAGUCGACUUCCAACUUAUCCAUUGGCCCAUAUCAGCACCUCCCUCUUAUAUUCGCACCACUUUCUGCGUGUACCUAACCUCGGCUUCAAUCUCAACCACAAGACUCUCAUCGGUCCAUCAGGAAGACUCUUUUUACGCGAACUUCGACAGACUGACAAGCUUCUCAUGACGUGGACAGUCAACGAACCUCGCCACAUGGACUGGUGUAUCCGUCAAAAUCUGUGUCAUCCACGGCGCCGCAAUGGAAAGAUCGAGGGGCCUGCCUUGAUAGAUGGUGUCAUCACUGACAAUCCUCGUUUGUACCUCGAGAUGUGCGAAAAGUUUGAAAACGAGAUGGAUGGCAAGCUCACCAGACCAAAGCUAGCUCUGACUGAAAGGAUAAGGAAGAAGGCAGAGAUGGUAGCCGUCGUUAUCCUGACGGAAACCUUGAUGAUGGCCUACCAUGUUCUCAGAAGGAUGCAGGGCAAGUUUGAUUUUCUCCGAGACCGCCGGAGCCUGGAUAAAUAGUAGACGAAAUAUGAUGAGUGAUAACAGAAAGGGAUGCCACCAAUGGCCUAGGUAACGGUUGACUUUGAAUACAGCAACAAAACUUGGACAACUUACUGGCUUUGUGGGCUACGCCAGGCUUACAUUUGGCGCAGAUGAGCCCAUCAACCUUGACAGCCUUGGGUGUUCACAAUCAAUAUAUGCGGUCAUUCGUACCAGCACUGCCCUUGAAGGGCUAGCCAUCACCAUAUGCCUACGUACUGACCACGACACAGGAACCGUUGGAUCAUCAGAAUUAUAGUGACU